CUGUUAACACUUAACUGACAGACGAUCGACAGACAACAAUCACAGAAUUGAAUUGAAACAAUUAAAAUUUAUAAUAUUUUUCCACAUUUUUAAAACGUUACUCUUCCUUGUCAAGGCAAACUCUAAUAUUUUAAUUAUUUAGUUUUAAAUCGGUAAUAGGUUUGUUCAACCUUUUUUGAUAAGUUAAUAAGUUGCCAUUGCUUUUUUCAACCAAAAUCUUACCUACUUGUUAUACGGUCCUCGAGUGAUAAUUAAUUGUAUCAAUAUUCAAAUUAGCUUCAUUUUGGAAUUAUCUAUUGGGUAAUUUCUUUAUAAUGACUUCGGAAGUAUUGGCGAGUGGUGGAAGUGAAAUUCGGGAGAAUUUGUUUCAGGUCACAACAGCUGUAAAGUUCCUCUCAAAUCCAAAUGUACAAAGAUGCACAAUGGAAAGCAAAGAACGUUUUCUUCGAGCUAAGGGCCUAACUGAUUUGGAAAUAAAGAGAGCUAUAGAGAAUUGUGGUGAUUUAGUAGACAUGUCAAAUUUUACAUCAGAGCUGCGUUUUUUUCAAAAUUCACAACAUUCUUGGUUUAAAGAAAAAAUAUUACCAUUAAUUAUUUAUGGAGGAUUUGCUUAUGGAUGCUACUGGUUUUACAAGAACUGCAUUAAACAAUUACUAUUCAUAGAACAACCAAAGCGUAAGUCCACGUCGGAAUGUAUAGAUGAAUUACGUAAAUCUUUAGAUAUAAUGAAUGCGAGUAUCACCUCACUUCGGGGUGAGAUGCAGGCGACCGUACAACAGAAUGCAAUGCGGUCACAGCUCGAUAAUUUAAAAGAUGAUAUUGCGUCAGUCAAGGGCAUCUUGUUGAGCAGGAACCAAUUCCCUUCACUGAAGAGAACUGAACCGCCAUCCAUCCCGGCGUGGCAGCGCCAAUCGGAAGAGGCAUCAACCGUUGAGCCAGAAGAAAAGAAGCCGCACAGGACUCGAAGCCAAAGAUCUGAGUCCGGCGGCUCUAACUCAAGCGAGGGUGAACAGGCUACUAAAAAUAGUGAUAGCAGUCUUGAGAUCAUAUCGUGAAGACAUCUCCAAAGUUACUCUAAACAAACUUUUUGUGUGUGUUAACAAAUUUAGUUAAUUUUUAUAUUCAUGUUAUUAAAGUUUUAAUUUUAUGGUCUAACUGAUUCUCUGCGAUGUCGUCUGCGUAGGAUUAAAAAAUACUCUUGACUCUCUACAUAUCAUAAUCUUCAAAUAUUUUUUUUUUGUCACAUAUAAAGUUUCAAAACAUUGAGGUAGGGGUUUAUACAUAAGAGUGUUAGUGUGUCAAUGAUUCCUAUCAAAGCUAAGAAUGGAUGUCAAAAAUUGUAGACUAAAAUUACAUAUUUAACCAUACAAAGCUGACUAUGAUGUGUGAACUGUGAAGACACUAAAAAAUUGCUCAAAAUAAUGACAUUCCUCUUUGCAUUUAUGUCCAUAACUUUUAUUUGUCAUUACAUUGAAUUAUCACGAUUUGUGUUAAGGUGCACAACAUUUGAGGUAAUUUGAUGUUCGACGAUCAUUGUAACUUUCAUUUGUUAUCGAAAUACUUUCGAAAACGUAUUCUCGCUUGAUUAUGAUUGUAGUAUUCCACCGACAAAUUUUCAACUUGUCUUUUAAAAUCCAUCACCAUAAACGUACCAUUAUUUCGUAUUUUGUUUUUAAUUGUCGCCGUAUGGUUACCACUCACAAAGUAAGCCAUUUUACCAUAGACUUUGAAGAACUUCUACUAUAUGAACCCUAUGGAAGGAAAAUAUUUCAGUGUAUGAUGGCUAAGGGUAAAUAGUUGGGACUAUAAAAUGUGUUGCAAUACUAAACUAUAUUUUUACAUCUAUAAAACUUAUGAGAUAUAUAUUUUCUUUUACACGCCGGGUUGGUUUUGCUAAAAAUCAAAAACUACACCUGGUGAUAUAAAUAUUAGUUAUAUUUGUUGUUUUAUAUAGCAAUUUAUCUUAGACUUAGAAAUGGCGAAUUAGUUAUAGAUAUACCUAUGUACAAAUUAUCUUAGUGAUAAAACUUGCCGAUUAUGAGCAAUCAAGUCCUAAGAGUCAUAACGCAAAUUGACCAUGAAUAUGUCUGUAUGGUAGCAUUCUCUGUACCAUAAAUAAUAGAUAUAGUUAUUGAUAAACAUAACAAUAUUUUAUAAAAGCUUUCAAAAGUAUAGGUCAUUUUGUUUCUGGUUCAUACAUAGUGAUUUUACAAAGCGUUGAAUGUAGUAUCUGUACGACAAUCUGCGAGUAUUUGAGAGAAUCUGGUGGGAUAUCUUUUGUGGUGAGGUUAAUGGAAAAUCUUAAUUCUUAAAUGUUGCGUACUAUGCGUUUUUAAAUGUGAAUAUGAAUGUAAAUAAUGUACUAUACCGCUGUAACAUUAGUUUAAUAGUUUGGGUGAUAAAUAAACCAAUGAUUGUCUUGCUA